AUGCGAGGAUAUUCUUCGGACCAGGCCGCCGCCGCCGCAACGGAAUCACCACCUGAAUCCAAGACUCAACAAGAUGACGAAGAACCUCCAGAUCAAGGGCGUUACGACCCCUUCUCCAAGCGUCCCAGUCUUCGAAGGCUACUCGACGACGUCGGCGAGCAGAGUCCCUACGAGAUAGACUCCAUUGCCGACAAAAAGCACACGCCGAUAGGAUUGACAUACUCUACCGAUCCGAGAGGGUCGCGGGCAGUGCCGCAGGAAGAAGAACGCAAGCGAGUCCACAUCUUGGGAUACGACCCCCGCGCGUACUUCAUAGCUCACGAGCUAGCUGGAAAUCCGCAUCUCGACCCUGUCAAGCUUCUUGUCCACAAAAGAAACGUCAUGAGGUCAUGGCAAGUUGAGGGCGAGCAAGUCAGUGUGUGGAAGGGAACCCAGAGGAGCAGCCACGGCCGUGGCCGCGCAGAGGCCGAAUGGAUAGGUCGGGGUCGGAACGAGCCAAGCAACGAGCACAUCGACCAAUUGAUCGUAACGCUCGCCUGCGGCGUGACCAAGACCGCGCUCGAGAACAUCGUCCACAGAAUCGACAACCGCACGUCCAUAUGCUUUGUCCAGGACGGCUUAGGUAUGAUCGAGCACUUGAACGCGACGCUCUUUCCGGACCCAACGACGCGGCCACACUACGUCCUGGGACACAUGUCUGCCUCACUGGGAUACAACAAGCAAUGGUUCUUUGGGGCGAAGCUGAGGCAACCAGGAAAGCUGUUUCUGCACGCCGUGGAGAGGGGUGUAGAUCUAUUGCCUAUGUUCAAGUUUCACCCACCAGUGGAGCGGCGUUCAAAUGGGACACAGUUCUUGCGGACGCUGGUGACGACACCUGGACUGCACGCAGGCGGUUAUAAUCUGGAGAAUUGGCUCAUACAGAAGCUCCCUGCGCUGGUCUUCAACAGCGUCAUCGAGCCGAUGGCCGUCGUCCUGGACACGACGUACGACAACAUCCCGGGCAACGAGCACGCCAUCCAGCUGGCCGAUGAGCUGCUGGACGAGCUAUUCAACGUGAUCAUGGCGCUGCCGGAGCUCACCAACUCGUCAAAGGUGGUGGAGCACUGCGGGCUAGGCGCGCUGCGCAAGAAGACCAUCACGCGGCUCUGGGAGAAGGGCUCGUCGCAGAGCAACAUGCUCAGCCGCGUGCGGGCGGGCCAAUGGGUCGACAUCGACUACCUGAACGGCUAUUUUAUCAGGAGGGCCCGGGAGUUGGGCAUCAAGGUCCCGCAGAACGAAACGGUGGUUGAUGUGGUCAAAGCGAGGAUAGCAAAGCGGAGGGACGAGAUGAGGAACGUGAUUCCCUUUGAGUCCGACAAUACUCCAAACAAGCCUGCCUUCUGA